AUACGUACACAUCACGACGAAACGAAGCGCACGAUUGAUUGGCAGCACUAGCUUGAGGGCGUCGAUUCCUGCGCCAACGGAAACCGAGUAGACAGACCGCUCGCUGGCUGCCCAAACACGUACAAUCGCGCCGUCACAUCGCAGAGUCGUCGAAACCACAUCUACGUUGCCGGAGACUAGUUCAGCAUGGCAACCAAAACAGCGCCGCCAAAUGGCACCGCCACUCUGAACAAGGCGCACACUGCGGAAUUGCAGGAACACAAAGUGGUCGUCGCGCCGAGAAGACGGGGGAUAAAGCCAAAGAAGGUUGAGGAUGAGGGGCUGAUGGCAUCGCUAUGCACUCUCCUGUGCGAUCACCAGAUGGGCAUCUCCAUCAAUCUGCUCUCCCUCCUCUGCCUGACACACUUGUUCUUCCCCCGCGCCUGUAGCCAAACCACCAAGUUCUUCACAAUGUCGUACUACAACCCAGAAACAGAAAUGUAUGGCUGCGGCGCCGAUGACUUGCCAUUCGUUAUGUUGUGGACACUACUUUUCACAGGCUUGAGGGUCUUGGCAAUGGAGUUUCUCCUUGAUCCGCUUGCGAGGUGUGCAGGAAUCCGGACGAAGAAGGGGUUGGACAGAUUCAAGGAACAGGCGUGGUUGGUUGUGUACUACACUGGGUCAUGGUCGCUAGCUAUGUACAUCAUGUACCAUUCAGAUUUCUGGCUGAACCUCCCCGCAGUCUGGGAAGGCUGGCCUUUCCGAGAGAUCGACGGACUCUUCAAGUGGUAUUACCUUGUUCAAUUGGCCUUCUGGAUCCAGCAAUUGCUCGUCGUCAACAUAGAGGAGAAGCGCAGUGACUACGCGCAGAUGUUCACACAUCACAUCUUCACAACUGCGCUCAUAGGCGUCUCGUAUAGUUUCUAUCACACGCGCGUCGGUACCGUCAUUCUAUGCAUAAUGGAUUUCGUGGACAUCGUCCUACCAACGGCUAAGCUCCUCAAAUAUAUGGGCUACACCACCGCUUGCGAUAUUGCGUUUGGCGUGUUCGUCAUUGCCUGGAUCAUCACCCGCCACGCCCUCUUCAUGACGGUUUGCUGGUCCAUAUACGCGCACGCCGACGUCUACAUCCCACACGCCUGCCACCUAAUCGACAAAACGGUCGUUUACGCCACAGAUGCCGCGCGAUACGAUGCCGCAGGCGGUAACCAAAUCUGGGCCAACCUUUUCUCGGCGUACCGCGACCCCAACGGCCCUGUCUGCUGGAUGCCAAGCAUCAGAUGGUACUUCCUGGCCCUACUGUUGUCGCUGCAAGUAUUUUGCUGCAUCUGGUUCUGCUCCAUCGUGAAAGUCGUGUAUAAAGUACUCGAAGGGGCUGGUGCGGAGGAUGUGCGUUCCGAUGACGACGAGGAUGAGUUGGUGGAAAACGACACGGUCCUGAACGCGGCAAACGCGAAUGCAGAUUCGGGCUUGAGCGCGCCGCCAAAAGAGGAGGAAGUCGGCGUCGAAGCGCUGACGUUUGCCCGCAUGAACGGCGCGAGCCAGCGACGACAAAAUCGCGUUUCUUCCUCGAGAGCGAGUGGCAUUAGUAUUCCUGGGCAUGGCGACCGGAAGGAGUUGCUGGGCCGUAUUGGGUGCGAUAAGCCUUCAUGAGUGUGCGUUUUGACAGCCUGGAUGCGGUCAUACAUGUCUGCUAUUGUUUCUGGGCUAAAAGGAACGUGGAGUCCAGGGGUGUUUUGGGUGGGAUAUACAUACCCUAGAAGCAUAGAUUGUGUAAUCCUAUCUACUUCGCUUUUUGACACUUGGCCUGGUGCAAUGGGGGAGGUGAAUUUGGAGAAUGUGUCAAGAUCAAAUAACGCUACAGGUGUACUAUGGAAUGAGAUAU